UCGAAGCGCGCCGUUGUUAAAUUUUACAAGGUCACGGCAUGCCUUUAUUGCCGCUCGAAGUUGAGUGUGUGCGUGUGUUUGUUCUCCGACAAACACUUGUCAUAACCGAAAAACACCUCUAGUCAUUCUUUACAAGAAGUUGUUUACUCAGUGGCAGGAGCGGCACGCGCCCGGCGUACGCAAAGCAAGCGCAUCUCGGGGGCGUGGUCAGGAGGAACGCGCGGCGGGCCGCCGGCGUAUUGAAAAGGCCGCGCUGUUUCCAUCUCACAACUCAGAGCAGGUCGAGAGUCCGGUGCACCCCUGCCCAUUAAAGCCACACGUGAACGCCACGAGCAAGACGCACGGCCACUGGGCAUCCCAAAGAAAACUUUUGUGCUUGUCCUCGCUCCUUUUUUUCCCUCCGCGAAAUGGACAUCACUGCCAAGAUGGAAAUAAGCGUAAACCAGCAGCAGUUCAUGCCACCUGCCUGCUUUUUUGCAUCUCAGAGCAUCCAACUCAGUCCGACCGACAGCCAGUGCAGCAACAAGUCCGCGUCGAAGCAGGCGAAGAGACAGCGCUCAUCCUCUCCGGAGCUGCUCCGGUGCAAAAGGAGGCUCAACUUCGCCGGCUUCGGGUACAGCUUGCCCCAGCAGCAGCCGCACGCGGUGGCCAGGCGGAACGAGAGAGAACGCAACCGGGUAAAGCUGGUGAACAACGGCUUUGCUACUCUCCGCGAACACGUUCCCAACGGAGCGGCGAACAAGAAGAUGAGCAAAGUGGAGACGCUGCGCUCGGCUGUGGAGUACAUCCGCGCGCUCCAGCAGCUUUUGGAUGAGCAUGACGCGGUGAGCGCGGCGUUCCAGUCCGGCGUCCUGUCACCCACCAUCUCCCAAAACUACUCUAAUGACAUGAACUCUAUGGCCGGUUCGCCUGUGUCCUCUUACUCCUCAGAUGAGGGCUCCUACGACCCUCUGAGUCCAGAAGAACAAGAGCUCCUGGACUUCACUAAUUGGUUUUGAACGUUCGCGAAAGGAAGGAAAUACCUAAAAAUCGCAGCACUCGCUUGGGAGGAACUCGGAUGUCCUCCAAGAACACAAAGCACUGCGUUUGCGCUGCAGUCCGGUUCGGAUAGACUCGAAUCCACACCCAGAGAUGGCCCAUACAAACCGGCAAACCACGGGUCCCGAGUGUCAAAGAGCCAAAGGACUAAAAGGGAAGAGCGGGAGUCCAAUCCUUCCAGCGCAUUCGCCCAAGAAAUCUAUUUUUAAAAUGACUUUCCACGACACUGUGGCAUAUAUACAAAAAAAACAAAAAAACAAAAAAACAACAACAAUAAGCAAACAUUGUUCUUUUACCUAUGCUAAUGUAAUCAAAGAAGGUUUGCCCUGAUUGACCCCUCUCACAACUCUAAUAUGCUUCCAACUUGGCGAAUUUUAUUAUAUGAAGUUCUAUUUGUAUAAAACAUGUUGUUUUUUGAAAUAUAUUAAGCUAUUUUUGUAUGUAAGAGAUUUAUAGAUGUUUUUGUACACAUUCAUUUUAAUAUGUAUCUAUUUUUGACCUAUAGCCUGCCGUAAAUUGCUCAUUACCUCUCGCUUAUUCAGACUUCUAGUCUCAAAUGCAUUCGCAGCUGGCAGUUCCCUUUACGGUCGUGGAGGUUUUAGAAGAGUUUAAGAGUUUAAAUUUCAACACCAACGUGUCUUAUUUAAUAGGAAUAAUAAUUGCAAUGGUAAUAUGACUCGGAGUGAUCAAAGGUUAUGCAGCUAUUGUCCAAACGGAGGUGUUUUGUGUCUCCACACUGCCUGUUCCACUUUGCCUUUACAAUGCUGGGUUUUGCAUCUCAGAAAAUAAGAAUAUGCCUUAU